AUGACGCAUUUUUAUUCCGCUUUUACACCCGGUGGACAAACGGAACCAGCCGCAGAUGCAUCAUACCGUCGCCAGGUAGCAGUCGGUUUACUGUACCGUUUCGUCCUUCAUAUUGCGCCACGUGAUCGUCGCGUAGCCAACCCGAUAGUCCGCUCGGGUGGAUCGAAAAUGCAGCGUCCCAUUUCCAGCGGCGCUCAGUCCUUCGAUACGACCUCAAACUGGCCGCUUACGCAAGCACUGCCCAAGUUGGAAGCGUUCCACCAGACGGCCGGUGAAGCGAUCUACGUCAACGAUCUUCCAAGUCGUCCGGACGAGCUGCACGCCGCUUUCGUACUGGCAAACGUAGUGCAUCGACAGAUUACUGCCAUUGAUCCAUCGCCCGCUCUCGCAAUGCCGGGUGUUGUGGCAUUCUAUUCUGCCAAAGAUAUCCCAGGGAAGAAUAAUUUUGCCUCACUUGUUGGAGGUUUCAACACGGCCUUCCCAUUUCGCGAUGUGCCCGAGGAGAUUCUGUGUAGCGGUAACGUACUGUACCACGGUCAGCCGGUUGGUAUUGUGGUGGCUGAGUCGUUCGAGUGUGCUACAGAAGCCGCGACAAUGGUGAAGAUGACGUACAGAGAGUCCAAUGAUGAGCCGAUACUUCCCACGGUGGAUGAUGUGCUCGCCCAUGGCACUUCAAGCCAUCGUAUCCUGACGCUAGAACCGGACGUAGUGGGUCGAUCGUACAACCGGGCGGGCAGUACUGUCAACACCGUGAAGGUUACGGGCAAGUGUCACUUUCGCAGUCAAGCACACUUCACGCUAGAGCCUCAGACUUGUCUUUGCAUCCCAUCGGAGGACGGGACCGGGAUGGAUGUGUAUAGUGCUACCCAAUCGAGUCACAUGGUCCAAAACGCGAUCGCAAAGUCACUCAACUGGCGCCAAUGUAAUAUUCGCGUUAUUGUACGCCCUGUAGGUGGAUCGUUUGGUGCGAAACUGUCCCGCGGAGCAUGGGUCGCCAGUGCGUGUGCCCUGGCCGCCUAUCGUACCCGACGUCCGGUUCGGAUGGUAUUACCGUUCGAGACUACGAUGAAGGCAAUCGGUAAGCGUAUCGGAGGACAGUGCCAGUAUGAGGUAGAUGUAAGGCCUACCGAUGGACGCAUCGUUCGGCUUUCCAACACGUACUACGAAGACGAAGGUGUGUCCCAGUACGAAGCGAUGGCGUUUGUAUUCCGAGGUGCAUUCCGCAACUGCUACAGUGAUGACAGCUGGCGACAACUGUUACGUGGUACACUUUCCGACUCACCUAGCACCACCUGACCCGGUACAGCCGAUGCGAUUGCCACCAUCGAAACAAUCAUGGAGCAUGUGGCGUUCGUUACUGGACUCGAUCCUCUCACAGUUCGGCUUGCCAAUAUGGAACCAGGCAGCAGUAUGGCCACCUUACUGCCAGCAUUCUAUGAGCAGGUUGACUUCAAGGAGCGUAAAGCAGCUGUCGAUCGUUUCAACGAGACAAAUCGUUGGAAAAAGCGAGGAAUUGCUAUCGUUCCUUUGGCUCAUCCAAUUAGCUAUUACGGAGGUAUGAAUGCUAGGGUAUCGAUCUACCACGUGGAUGGGAGUGUGGCUGUUACGAUCGGAGCCCCAGAGAUAGGUCAGGGCAUAAACACAAAGGUUGCACAGGUGGUGGCACACACGCUCGGUAUUCCUUUGGCACUAAUUACGGUGAAGCCACAUAUGUCCGUUGGCAGCCCGAACGCAUUCGUUGAAGGUAGUAGUAUCAGUACGGAUCUAGUGGCGUACUCGGCCCGGCGUGCCUGUGAAACUCUGCUCGAACGCAUUCGUCCCGUGCGGGAGGAUAAUCGGACCGCUCCAUGGGAAGCGAUCGUGCAAAUGUGCUACCAGCGACGGAUUGAUCUAACCGCUUCUUACAACUCCAAGCAGACGGAUCUACGUGGAUACACCGUGUGGGCACUGUGCGCAGUCCAGCUAGAGGUGGACAUACUUACCGGGCAGGUACAGCUGCAGCGUGUGAACAUUCUGGAGGAUACGGGCGAGAGCAUAAACCCUCUAUUGGACAUUGGACAGAUUGAGGGAGCUUUUGUGAUGGCGGUCGGGUUUCAUCUGCUCGAAGAGCUGCGGUACGAUCGGAGUAUGGGCGCGCUUAGCAACUACCGCACGUGGAACUACAAGCCGCCGAGUGCGCGUGACAUUCCGGUAGAUAUGCGCGUACGGUUGCUGCAGAAGAGCUCGAACCGGGCGGGUGUACUUCGGUCGAAGACAACGGGAGAACCGGCGUACAAUCUGGCAGUUGCUGUGCAGUUCGCUCUGCGGUAUGCACUAGCUUCGGCACGGCGUGAUGCUGGACUGCCGAUUGAGUGGCUAGAGCUCGCUACGUCCUGUACGCCUGGGAAAAUAAUUGCCAUGACAGGGACCACUAUUGAUCAGUUUGUGCUGCAUUGA